AUGGGGUUACGGCUGUUUUACCCCCUUCUGGCGGCCCUCCUCGCGGUCUUCCUUACCAGCGGUGUCUCCUCAGCGGCGCAUACCUCGAACUGGGCGGUGCUGGUGUCGACCUCUCGAUUCUGGUUCAACUACCGCCAUCUCGCCAAUGUGCUCUCCCUCUACCGGACGGUGAAGCGUCUUGGGAUCCCGGACUCCCAGAUCAUUCUCAUGCUGCCGGACGACAUGGCAUGUAACCCUCGAAACGCCUUCCCUGGGACGGUAUAUAACAACGCGGAUCGUGCGCUGGACCUAUACGGCGACAACAUAGAGGUCGACUACCGUGGAUACGAGGUCACCGUGGAGAGCUUCAUCCGCCUGUUGACCGAUAGGUUGGGCGACGACGUGCCGCAGAGUAAAAGGUUGGGCUCAGACGCCGGUAGCAAUGUGCUCGUCUAUAUGACCGGACACGGUGGUGAUCAGUUUCUCAAGUUCCAGGACUCAGAGGAAAUUGGAGCCUGGGACCUGGCAGAUGCGUUUGGGCAGAUGUGGGAGAAGAAACGAUACAACGAGCUGCUCUUCAUGAUUGAUACCUGCCAGGCGAAUACCAUGUACACGCAUCUCUAUUCUCCCAAUAUAAUCGCUACAGGCUCAAGUGAACUAGACCAGUCCUCUUAUUCACACCAUGCAGAUAGUGACGUCGGCGUUGCUGUCAUCGAUCGGUGGACAUAUUAUAUUCUAGAAUUCCUCGAAACACAAGUCACCAGCGCGAACUCGAAGCGUACUCUAGGUGACUUGUUUGAUUCGUAUGACGAGUCAAAGAUCCACUCCCAGCCUGGAGUAAGAUGGGAUCUGUUCCCUGGUGGUGAAGCUGAGGGUAGAUUGAGGACUGUCAUGGACUUUUUCGGCAACGUCCAGGAAGUGGAGGUUGAAGGAGGCAGUAGUGUGAAUGGUACGGAGCCUUCUGUGAAGGAAGAUCUUGUGGCUAUUGCCAAGUUGGUAGAGCAGUGGAAAGAAAUGAAGAAAGAAUACGUCGGGAAUACCACUAACCCCUCUCUUGUCGACCAAAAGACUCCCGCUUCGCCAUCACAAACGAGCUCUCCUAUUCAUAAACUGGCAGGGCCGAUGAAAAUGCGUGAUACCGAUUAUUGGAGCAAGCGGGUUAUUGGCCUAUCACUCUUGCUUGGGAUAGGAGGAGUAUGGUUCGCUGGGUCUCUUCUGGGAGGAUCAUAA